CUACCAGCUGCACUGCGCCAUCACACUCGUCUCUAAAGUAUACUCCGUACAAUGUAUGUAUAAACUCGUUCUAGCCCCACUACUUAAGAAUAUCGAUAAAAGCUCUGACACUGUCAACCCCUGCCAGUCUUCCAAAACACACAUCGUCCUUCUUCAUUUCAUUCUCUUUUCCCUUCGUGAUCUUUGAGAAGAUACCUAGUGAAGUGUAUCGUACUUGGGAGAUCGCCAAUAUGGGAAGAGCCGACUUCAUCAAGCAGGUCGAAAGUUCGGAAGAAUUCAAGAUUCUCGACUCGGUCACAAAGCACGAUGCGACAGUUGAUGAUGCCCUGCAAAAGGUCAUCGACAUGACCAUGGUUGCCACCACUGUGCAUGGUCCAAACAGCCUCCAAGGCGCCGGCCUCGUCGACUACAACGUCGCCUUGGCUCUUAUGGAGUUGUCCCAGCGCCUCGAGUCCGCUAAGCAUGGCAAGCUCGUAGAGUUCAUCUCAAAACUUCAAAAGCAGACCGCAACCGACCCAUUAACGGGCGAGCCGCAAAAGAUCCAGGGAGAUACCCUUUGGACGGAUCUACCGUCGUUUGGCUACACCGAACUAGAAACGUGGUACGAGUUCGGGGGUGAAUACAAAGAUCCUCUCGAUCCUAAGAUGGAUCCCGAGGAACAAUCGCGAUGGGCCAACCUGAACGCUUUUCUCGCCCAACUGUGCCAAGCCACUGACGUCCACUAUCCGUCUCCUGACGAAAAAGUCCUUUACCAUCCUUUGGACAAAUCUCUUCGGGGACUGUGGACGCUCCAGAAGGCGCUUGAAAACGGAGACCAUCCUCCCGAAACACUUAUUGGCACAGUUGCUCUGCGGGCCACAUGUCUGUGGUUUAUCCACGCCGCUGACCGGCUGUGGGCCAAUGUUAAGAACGGUCGCACGUACCCUCAAGCCUCAGGAGCUGGACAUGCAAGUGGAAAAUAUGCGCCGCGAGGCUGGAAGGGGUUUGAGAAAGAGAGGUGGGAUAUCUGGGUGCAGGGUCUGCAGGAUGCCAAAGCAGCGUCUACUGAUGAAGAGGAGAAGGCAUUGAUUGCAGAUGCUCUGGCACACAUUAAGAGCGCGACGGAAAGUGGCUAGGUUUCUGGGAACAUUAUGAUAGCAUGUAUUGGAUACCCAGGAGAAUAGAGUCAUGGACUCUGAUAGAUUAACGGUUCAAAUUGCUCAAUAUAUUGAUACACAGCAU